UACAAUAAACCGCGUGGACCUUAGCAGCAGCGAUCGAAACCCAUUUGCUUACGAUAUUAACAACGACGGUAGCAGCGGCUAAUGAGCCAGCAAUAAUAUUUCACAACAACAAUAUGGGCUGCCAACCUAGUAUAGCCACAAUACCGAAGCCGGUUGGAGGAUAGUCUCGCGCGAACCUUUGAGUGGUUAACAAGUGAAGCACUGAUCUAGUGAUCUGAUAAGGCAAAGAAAAUUAUACUGUUAAAAAAAAAAAUCUGAAUUAAAAUUAAUUGUAAACAAAUUGUGAGUGAAUGCGCAGCGUGCUAUAAUUCAAAAUAAUUUAUUUAAAAAAAAUUAUUCUCACAGUUCAUUUGAAUAAUUAUGUAUUGAAAUUAUACAUUUUUGAUAAGCAUCAAGUUAAAACAUUUAAUUAAAAUAUAUUUUAAAAAAAACAUCUAAUUGCAACGAAUAAUUGUGUUAAGGUGACACGCAGCUGAUGAUUUGAUUAACCGAAAAUAGUAUCGUUAAUCCUAUAAAUAUUAUACAAAUAAGCUAAGCAUAUAAAUACAUAAAAGGAAUAUUAAAAAAAUAAUAAAUAAAUUACUAAAUAAGUGUUAAAAAUAAAACAAGGUGUUAAUUUGUGAUUUCAAUAUCUGUAUUUUAUCGCCAUUUCGUUUCGCUUCGUCGGAUAUUCUGGUUAAUGUUCUUCAAUCAAGAUAAUAUCUCACCAUACGCAAAUAAUUGAAGUUGGGAAAAACACAACUACGUCCGAAUAGUACGAAUAUUAGCCAUUAAUUUUAUUUAGUAUUAUUCAUCGCUAUUAAAUAGUGGCAGAAAGUUCAAUUGAAAACAAAAAGUUCCGUAAUUUAAGUGAAAUUAAUUGCUUAUGAAAAUAUAAGUUUUUAGAUUAUUUCAUAAGCAACAAAUGCGAUAGAAUUUUGUAGAGGAGCGGAAUUAUCAUAAAUCAAUCAACAAUAAAUACAAUUAACAGAGCACAAUGGCAAGGGAACUAAAUACGCUUGGAUGGGACUACCUAAUGUUUGCGCUAUUCAUUGCUCUAACAGUAUUAACACCACUGUGGAAGCGCCUUUUCGGUAGAAAAAAACAACGCAGCAAAGCGGAUUACGUAUUCGCCACGGGUUCCGUUUCUAUAUUUGCCAUUAUGAUAUCAAUUGCCAGAGGCGCACUGGGUGUGCGUACCAUAUUGGGAUACCCUAGUGAGCUUUUUUAUUAUGGCUCUGGCAUGUGGGAAAUUAUUUAUGGAACAAUGAGUGCUUAUCCCAUAGUUUGUUUCGUAUUUGUACCAGUAUAUUUUAGUUUGGGAAUAACUUCUGUAUAUCAGUAUAUCGAUUUAAGAUUCAAAAGCCGCUUGGUACGUUGCCUGGCCUCGGCCACAUAUAUUGCACGCCAAAUAUGUUCGUUGGCUAUCACAGUCUAUACGCCGACAGUGGCCCUUGCGACAGUGAUUGGCAUACCAUAUUGGGCCUCAAUUAUUGGCAUGUCAACAAUUUGCAUAUUUUUCACCAUUAUGGGUGGCCUAAAGGCAGCUAUUAAUGCAGAUGUUAUACAAACAAUAACAAUAAUUAUUGUUACAAUGGUGGUCAUCAUUAAAGGCAUAAUUGCGAGCGGCGGACCAAAACAAGUGUAUGAAUUGAACCGCAAUAAUGGUCGACUAUCAUUUCUUAAUUUUACCGGAGACAUGACGGUGCGUGUGGACACAGCUUCAGCUUGGUUUGGACAAUUAUUCAUGUCUCUUUCACAAUUUGGCUGCCAGCAGAAUUUCAUGCAACGUUAUGUCAGUUUAAAAUCCCUAAAAGAAGUAAAAAGAGCUAUGAUGUUAAAUAUACCCGUCAUAUUUAUUUUCUUCUCACUCUCAUGGAUUACCGGUUUAGUAAUCUAUUCCACUUAUGUGAACUGUGAUCCCUACGCAGAAGGCUAUAUUGAAAAAACUGAUGGUAUUCUGCCGUUUUUCGUAGAAGACCAAUUAGCCAUUAUUCCUGGAUUCUUAGGCAUUUUUAUGGCGUGUCUUUUUAAUGGUGCUUUAUGCAUGAUGGUCUCAAAUUUAAAUUCAUUGGCAACUGUUUGCUGUGAAGAUUUCCUAACUUUGUUGCCGCACUUCAAAGGACUCGGCGACAAGCAGCAAUUAUUUAUAAUUAAGGUUGUAACUUGUAUAUUUGGUAUCGUCAUCGGUGGUGUGGCCUUUGGCGUAGGUUUGUUAUCGGGCGUAAUUGAAUCAUCGAUGUUGGCAUUCUCUGCAACAUCUGGACCACUUUUAGGCUGCUUCAUACUGGCCAUUUUGGUGCCAGUCGCUAAUUGGAAGGGCACUUCCGCUGGUAUGGUGGCUUCAUGCGCUUUUGUUUUGUGGAUUAUUGGUGGUUCCAUGACAAUAAAUAAAUCGUCGACUGAUGAUUUACUGCCAACAUCAACGGAGGGUUGUGCAAAUUUCACAUUUUCGCAAUCAAUUCGUAAACCUAAUGAUGACUUUCACUGGUUGCUCAUGCACACACCAAUCGAGAGCGACUUUUCUUUGGCAGCAAAUUUUUCACAAAUGGAACAAACAACAACUGCAUUCCAAGAGGAGAAUCCUUUAAAAACCUUUUACUCAAUUAGUUACAUGUACUACAGCUUGAUUGGUACAGCAAUAACUGUGUUUGUAGGUUUCAUCAUUAGCUAUCUUACACAAAGUCCUGAUGACGCUUACGAUUCAAACUUAUUGCAUCCACUUGUUUUUAAAUUAAGUCAACGCUUUUCUGGCAAAAAACCUUAUUACGUCAAAGAGGUCGACAGUGACUUAACUUCAGUCACCAAUGGCAAGGGAGCCAAAAUCAAUCACGCUUUUGAGUCACAAAACGAAGCUAAUCUUAUUAUCGGUGCAACGGCGGCAACAACAGCUACAAUCAACGGUCAAAAGGAUAAACGUCCCAUUGAAAUUGUUUUUACACACGGUAUAGUAGGAGACAAGUCCAAAUCCAAUACUGACUCAAGAAUUGCUACAGCAGAUAUGCAAAGUGCAAAUAACAGUGGGACUUAUCGCCAAUUUUCAGAUAAAGAUGUAGUGUGAUAAUUUUGUUAAUAUUUUAGUUACUUAAGUCUCAAUACUUAAUACUUAGAUAUACGUAAAAACCUUUAAGUUAACAAGAAUAUUAAAAUAAUAUAAUUAAGAUUCAUUUAAAAAAAAAACAAAAUCUGUGCAGGGGAUUAUUAAAAAACCUACAAAUAAUUAUUAUUAUAUUUAUACAAAAGUAGUAUUUGCUAUUAAUAAUUGGCAUUUGAAUUACUUAAAAAAAUAUAGUCAAUAAAAUAAGGAAUUAAUACAAACUUUUAAUA